CGAUGACGCCCAACAUCUCUGUCCCCGUUUACCUGGACAUCUUUGCCGGAGACAAGGAAGCCCACGCCCGGCAAGAAGAAUCGUACAAUUCUACUUCUCAGUUUCUCCUGAGCUGUUCAGAGAAAUAUAGCUUACCAAACUUUCCUUCGCAACCUGAAGAUUUGUCGGAGGAGCAGCAGGAGACGCUCAAAGACCUAGACCAUACGGGCUCCAUCAACUUCCGGUUUACUCCUCCAGAACCUAUUUGCAUUGGUCGCUUCGUCUUUGAACUCUUUGGCGAUGCAUACCUGAAGAAAACGCGAGAGAACUUCACCGCUCUAUGUACGGGCGAGAAGGGAGACUGCAAGAACGCGCCUAACAAGAAGCUUCACUUCCUGCAAUCUCCCAUCCAUCGUAUAGUCAAAUAUUUCAUUGCACAGGGAGGAGACAUCACACGCGGGACAGGUGCUGGUGGAGAGUCCAUAUACGGCGACAAGUUUGUUGAUGAACGACCACCCAAGGGAACUCCUGCCCGGAAAGCGUCGGCGGGGUCGCUUGCUAUGGCCCAUCGGGGAAAGAACAGCAACACGUCCCAGUUCUUUAUUGUCCUGACUGACGACACGACCAAGCUCAAGAAGCUCGACGCCGACAAGCCCGUGAUCUUCGGCCAUCUGAAACAAGAUGCACGGAGCCAAGGCCUGCUGAAGCAAUUGAGCGACCUCGCCUCAGGUAGCUCUUCGGAGGAGCCAUCGAUGCCAGUAUGGAUAGGCGGGUGCGGGAAGCUAUAAGACGCGUUCGGGCAGUUUGUUUUGUAGGGUGCUAUAUCGUGGUAUAUGUGUACGAGCGUGGAAGCGGACUGAAGGUGUAUUACACCUCGAUACGUCUAUGCGUUCAAUCCAGAAC